AUGACUGCUUCUGGAAAUACUACAAUCUUCACCAAUGGGCGGUGUUUCCGUGCCGCUGCCCCCGAGGAAGCUCCAUUGAAUUCAACCCUCAUCAUCCAGGAUGGCAGAAUCAGCUUCGUCGGCAGCCCGGAUGCACCAGAGAUCCAACCGUACUGCGACGCUGGCGCAACAGUACAUGACCUUGGAGGCAAGUAUGUGUUUCCAGGCUUCAUCGACGCACACAUGCAUUUCUUAAUGCUAGGCCAAUCAUUGCAUAAGGUCGACUUGGAUCGCGCCAAGAAUUUGGACGAUAUUCGAUCACUCAUCUCCCAAUAUGCGAAAGCCAACCCAGACAAACCACGCAUUCUGUGCAAGGGAUGGAUACAAGCUACAACCAAUAGCGAAGCCAAAGCCAGUAUGCUGGAUGAUUUGGAUCCGAGACCAAUCUAUAUCGACUCCAAAGACCUGCAUUCGUGCUGGUGCAAUAGUUAG